CUGUGUUUUCACUUUGUAUUUUUUUAACAGCUGUAGCAUUAUUGUGCAGUUACUGAAUAAAUUGAGUGCAAGUAAUCAUAAUUAUUAUUAAUAAAAAAUAAUUUAGAAAUCUUUUGUUUACUAAGGUUUCUUUCUAACAAAGCCAAAUAUACAAAACCAUGCGUGCUGCAAUGGCUCGAAGAACACAAGUGUCUUCCCUAGAUGUACCUGAUAAUCCCGAAGAUUUAGAUAGUCCGGAAGAAAUAGAAGCUGGUUCUCUAACAAUUAAAACUUCCGAAUCGGAAUCAACUCCAAAAGAACUUUGGGAACGUCCAGUCAAUUAUAAAAAAUACGAGAUGCCAUCAGAUGGCUCACCGGUUUUACGCUUUGAAAUUUUAUCGGCUUGUAUAAUGCCACCCGAAGGAGAAGAUCCCAAAGUAAAACGUUAUGUAGUCUAUGGUCUUACUUUGCGUUUAGAUACAAUAGCCUCAAUUGAUCCCGUGCCAGCUCGUAUACAAAGGCGCUAUACAGAUUUCCGCGAAUUGUACAAUUCGUUGAAACAACUUUAUCCCAAAGAAAUGGUGAACAUUGAAUUUCCCAAUAAAGUGUUAGUGGGAAAUUUCUCUUCCAACCUAAUUGCCGAAAGAGGUGCUGCCUUUGAAAAACUUCUAACACAUAUAUCGGGAAAUUCUGUUUUAAGAAAUACCUCAACAUUUUUGGAUUUUUUACAAAACGAAGAAUUAACCAAGGCUUGUCAAUUAUUAGACGAACGUAAUGAUGCUUGCAUACCUAUAUUGGAAAAUACUUUUAUUUUGUUGAACAAAGUAUUUAUGGAUCGUUCAAAGCCAGUACUCUUACUACUGUGUCGUUUAGUAGCCGCCUGCACAAUUACACCAGUACCCCAUCAAUCGGCCGAGAAAUGGGCUUCACUGGCUUUAAGUCGUUAUGAAACUUUAUGUGAUAUAGACUUGUUGCCUUUAUACAUACCCCUAUUGCAUACAUGUGCCCAUUUGUGGUGGCAAAGGGGUCGUGACCAAAAGCCCAUUACAGAUCGUCUUACCGACAUGUCCAAGAAGGGUAUUAAUAUAAAUAAUACGCCUACAUUAAUGCAAGCUAUACAUAAAUUAGAUCCACGUUCGGAAACUAUAUGAAAUAAAUAUAGUGAAUCAUUUCAUUCAUUGAUGGAAACUGCUACAACGCUUUUUCUAACCAGCUACUAAACAAUGUGCAUUUUUCAUUUAGAAUUUUACUAGAUUUUAAUAUUCAUAAUAAUAUACAAAAGCAAAGUUUAUAAAGCGAUGUUUAUACUAACUCGAGUAUUUCAAUUAUAUACAUUUUAUAGUUUAUUUAAGUUUAGAAAACGAUUUUAUAUUGUGCAAUUUUUAUUUUAAUAUUUUUUGUAGGUAAUUUUCGAAUAUAUGCGAAAUAUAUCAAUAUAAUUAUG